AAAUCCUGAACAACGGUGAGGAAAAAAAUGCUAGUCCACGUGGCCUCUGUGAUGGGCGCGCAGUUCUGUGCUGAGGAUCGUGUAAAGAAUCUCUUGUUGUAGAAUGACUGAGGGCUGUAACAAUUGUUUUGAAAAUGCUUAUUGGAAAUAUUUGCAGUGUUGUGAACGACAUAAAGUAGAACCAGACCCCACUAUUUGUAUGUCUUUGUACAUACAAAAUGGUUGUUUACUGUUUUCAAAGAAUUUGGAGGGUCACCAAAUCAUUCCUGUAUUGGAACUAGCGAAAGCAGAUAGUCUUCAAUGGGUAGAAGAGCUUUCAUAUCAUAGUCGCCGUAUGUCCCCUCUUACAUCGCUGUUGUUGAUGAAACUUUGUGAAACGUUGCCUCAGUUGAAGGUUCUGAACGUUUCUGGAACGUUUUUGGGGGACGAGAAUGGUGCAGCGUUAUGUCAAGUCUUAUCCAAGUGUGAAAACUUGACAGAGUUGAGACUAGCACACUGCAAGUUGAGAAGAAGAAGUACUCAAGCCUUGAUGCAACAUUUUCGAAAGAGUUGUUGGCCAAAGUUGCAAGUUUUGGAUGUUCGGAAUAAUUUGUUGUGCCAAGAGGACGUGGAACUGUUAAGAAGCGUGGCAAAGUCUUGCUCUUUUUCGUUGCUCGAUGACGGCAAUCGUUUAAGAGAUGAAGUUUUGAAUAGUGUAACCCAUGGUGUCGGCUUUCUGUCUUCUAUAUUUGCAGGCUCUAGUCUUGUUCUUCGUGCACAGAAUUUGCAACGACUGGAACGUUUAGGAAUCUAUAUCUAUGUGCUUUCUCUCUGUUUGAUGUGUGUAAACGUUGUUUUUUUAAACCAUCUUGCGUAUAAUCUUUUAUUCGAUAGGUUUGCUUCGAGUACUCUUUAUCAUUCCUUUUUUCGGUUGACAAAUACAAAACAAAUAUUUCGUACUUUGGAUCACUGUAGUAUAUUCAUUCUCAUUGCUGGCACAUAUACCCCAUUUGUACAGCGGUUUUUAUGGUAUCAGCGUAUGACAUUAGGUCUCUUCAUACUGUCAGUUAUAUGGUGUCUUGCAUUGUUGGGCAUCGUUUUAUCCUCAGGUUUUUUAGAGCAGGACACUUUCACUAGGAAGUUGCGCAUCGUUCUAGCUGUAGUUAUGGGCUGGCUAGUAUUAGGAACAAGCAAGAUACUAAGAGAAGAAAUGCCUGAUAGUUGCUUCCUUUUAGUUCUCAUGGGAGGCAUCUUUUAUACCAUAGGAAUACCAUUUUAUGUAAAGGUGAAACAAGCAUCUCGACAUUUAUAUCGAAAGUUGAAUACUUUGUAUAGGGUCAGAAGAUAACAUUGUAUCACGUCUUGUGGCAUCUUUGGCUUAUGCUUGGAGCUUGUUGUCAC